AUGGCGGAGGCGCAGGAUGGUUUCACGCCGCUGCACUUUUGCUCUCAGGCGGGGUGCGCGGCGGGAUGCCGGCUGCUGCUGGGGGCGGGGGCUAAGGUGGACGCGAAGCUGCGCAAAACCAAGAAGACACCUCUCCAUUUCGCUGCUGGAAAGGGCCAUGUCGAGGCCGUGCGCGUCCUGAUGCAAGCAGGGGCCGACGUUGAGGCCGAGACUUCCAAGGGCCAGACACCGCUGCUGCUGGCGAACAAGGCCGAAGUCAAGGCCGCUCUCGUCGGAGACCCACCGCCGGCGGGCGAUGGAGCAGCGGCGGCGGCGGCGGCGGCGGGGUCUCAUAGUGAUGGCGAAGUCGGUAGGGGGGGGGGGGCGGCGGAAGAUGGACCGGGGACGAAAACAGUGGCGGCCGGCGGCGGCGGCGGCGGUGGCGGCGACUUGAAUCAGGAUCAGGGGGGGGCUGGAGCGUUAGUCACCGGAGGUAGCGCUAGAGAAGGGAAGAGUGGCAAGGAGCAGGGGGGAGAAAGCGAUGGGGCGGACGGUACGGCUACUCCUACUGCUGCUGCUGCCGAGGUUUCGAGUUUAGGGGGAUCGCAGAAGGCGGAGGGGUCGAGCGGGGAAAGGGAGGGGUCCGUGGCGGAAGCAGGCGGGGUGGGGGGAGGGGGCCGGGUGGGGAGCCUCGCGGAGCGGCGCCGAAAGAAACGAAAGCUGGCGAAGGCGGCGGCAGCGGCGGCGGGCGGGAACGGGGCCGUAAACCUUUCGCAUUUGGGUGUGGACGGGGACGAUGCUGUUGGCCUUGUCUAGACGUCUGUCCCUCGAACGCCCUCGUUGCGUGUGUACCAUCGUGGUGCCGCCAAGAACCUUUGAUGGGGGGAGGUGGUUGCGCUGGAGUUGAGUUGGGUGAUUUGUGUAAUGCAGGUAGGGGUGGGGGGUGGGGGGUGGGCUGCUUCAUGCUUGGUUGUGGGUGCCCCUCCCCCGAGGAAAGCUUUUGUCCGGCGUUGCAAGUCCUACUGCGUUGGUGUUGGUUAUCCGAGGCAGCACGUACACGUUUGCCUGAGGGAGGCCAUCCCGUUACUCACGGUGGACAUGAGCGUAUGUGAAAGCAUCCCUAGUGUUUUUGUUUGUGCGCUUGAUGCUUCUUGUUGGUCGUGGUCGAGCCUGUUCGAUAGCAUGCCUACGAUAAGGGAACGCCGGACGUGUCUUUCCACAAGAGGUCCACCCUCAAGCAUUGCCCCCCCCACACACACUUGUUUUUGUCGCGGCGUGUGUGAAGUGCUAAGUAAGGCACAAAGACAGCCCCGAAGACACCCGGUUGCUCUCUCGUACUUGUCGGUUUCUGGUGUCUUGAAUGUUAGGUUUAUCUUGGUUGCGGUAAUGUUGUGUUGACGGUGCCCGUUUUUUUUCACC